UUGUACACACGAUAGGAGUAAAGCGAAUGUUUACAUCGCACUAUUGUUAUAAAGGUGAUUAAAUAAAAUCCACUUGCAACGUUCGUUUAUUAUAAUACGUAGCAAUUAAACGCUAUGGGCAAGUUUAAUAUUUGUACUCAAACGCUCGUGUCGACAAAAUGUGUUUGGAUGACUGUGGUUGCCUUUGUUUUACCAAUAGGACUUCUAACAAAUUAUGAUCCAGACUUGAAACAGGAGUCGAAAUGUGCUUACGUUAUUAUAGUUAUGGCCUUGUUGUGGCUUACGGAGGCGUUGCCAAUAGCGGUGACAUCACUUCUUCCUGUGUUCCUGUUUCCGAUGGUCGGCGUUGCUCCGGCGAGAUUGAUUAGCUCCACCUACUUUUCGGACAUAUCGAUGCUGCUCCUCGGAGGUCUGCUCAUUGCUAUGGCCCUGGAGGAGACGAGACUUCACACAAGGAUAUCCCUAUACGUCCUGGUUCUUGUGGGAGCUCAGCCAAUCAUGUUAAUGCUAGGGGCCAUGGUGUCAACCUGGCUGUUGUCUUUCUGGAUAAACAACACAUCAGCCACCGCCAUGAUGAUACCCAUCAUACUGGCCGUGUGCGAGUCUGUCCGGGAAGUCAGGGCUCAGACAGAAUUACAGUCAAAUGUGAAUCCAGCCUUUGAACUUAAAGAAGACUUUGAUGAAAUUAGUCCAGAGGAUUCAAAACAACGAUAUGAGUUAAACGGAAAUGUGCCGAGACACAGUUUAACAGUCACUGAAGAACCGGAAGAAGAAAAUGUCACCGAGGAAAAGGUGGAACUGGACAAUGAGCACAAGGAUGACCCGACGGAAACACCAUCAGAUAAGAAGAAGAAAGACGAAGCGUUUAAGGCGCUUGCAAAAGCACUGUGUUUGAGCGUAGCAUACGGAGCAUAUUGUGGCGGAAUUGCAACUAUAACUGGGACACCACCAAAUCUUGUUCUGAAAGACGUCGCGGACAAGUUUUACAGAGACAACGGACAGAAUGAGUCCCCAAUAACGUUUGCAUCUUGGAUGGGAUUUGCUCUUCCACUGUCCUGCAUAACUCUCGUCUUCGGUUGGUUGUGGUUGUCUUUCCGUUUUCUGGGUUUCAGUUGCUUGAAGAGAAUGGACCCAGUUGAAAAAUCAGCAAUCAAUGCAGCAAUCAAGAGGCGAGCUGAAGCUCUUGGACGUAUAUCGUUUGCUGAGAGCCAAGUGGUGGUUGUUUUUGGUUCCAUGGUCUUAUUCUGGCUGUUCCGAAAUCCUCCAAACAUUUCUGGGUGGGGCGAUUUGUUUGUCGAAACAGACAUCAACGACGGACAGAGCUUAGUUUCCGACUCAACGCCAUGCAUCCUUUUGAGUACCUUGCUGUUUAUCCUUCCGGAAAAGAGGCCGAACAUUCUAUGUUGGAGGAAAGGCAAACCUUCCUACACACCAAUCCUUAAAUGGCAGAUGGUGACCAAGCAGCUACCAUGGGGGGUUCUCAUACUUGUGGGAGGAGGGUUUGCAAUGGCUAGAGCGAGUCAGGAAUCCGGUCUCUCCACUUGGAUAGGCGAGGAGCUCAAAUUACUUGGCGGUCUUCAUCCACUUGUGAUGAACCUUCUAAUCCUUACCGUGGUUUCCUUCGUUACCGAGGUGAUGAGUAACCCGGCAACGGCACAACUGUUUGUGCCUAUUUUGAGGGAUAUGUCCCUGUCUCUCGGAACCAAUCCUCUACACCUAAUGAUAUCGGGAACAAUCGCAUGCUCAUUCGCGUUCAUGCUGCCAGUAUCGGCGCCACCAUCCGCCAUUGUAUUUGCGACUGGAUAUAUCUCUAUACCAGAUAUGGCCUUAGCUGGGUUGCCAAUGAAGAUAAUUGGCAUAGGUUGUUCAAUGUUAGCUGUGAAUACAUGGGGAACAUCCAUGUUUGAUCUUGAUACGCUGCCUGAUUUUCUGCAGAAUACAAACGGCACCAACAUUACAACAACAACGAUACAAUCUGUAUAAAAUGGAUCCGUUCAUAAUACUGUGUUUCAAUAUACUGCUAGUUCGUUCUUAUGUAUUCUUGUAUGUUUUGGCAUAACUGCAUAAUAUGGGUUUUUACUUGGAAUUUAGACAAAUAAAAUUAUGUAAAUUAAACGCGGUGUUUAAAAACAAAGACAACGAAAAAAAUGAUUGGUUCAUUCUCGUGUGUCAUGAGGUACGAAAAGGUGUGUCUUGAAAACAUAUUUUUAUUUGCACUUAGUCUCUGUAAUAAAAGGAGUAGAAUUGUUGACUAAAAACUUGAAUAUUGUUCUUAAAUAUGAUUGUUUUUCGUGUAUUGUUUUGUGCAUUUCUUUGCGUGUUUACCAUUCUCAUGUCCUUUCUCUUACAAGUGUCAGUGAAUUUGCUAUUAUAUGCAAACUUGAUGUAAUUAUAAACUUGUUUUGAGUUGAAUUGAGAUGAGUUUAAUUGAGAUGAAAGCCAAUUGGAACACCUCAACCUAUAUUCUAAAUAUUGCAGGUAACGAGUUUAAACACAACGAUGAUAUGUAACAAUUCAUAUCAAUUGGGUGUAUUUCAAUUGUAUCCUGAUUUAUUGAAUAAAAGAUUAAUGAAUACAAUAACACAUCCCUUUUACCUUUAAGUAAACUACUUCUGUGUCUGUUUCACUGACAAAACUUCUGUGUAUUGAUGUGUAUCUUUAUUGCCCUCUGCUGUGUAUCUCAUGUCAGAUCUGAGCGUCCUUCUAUGCAGUAUACG